AUGCCUUCCGUUUCCAACUCUGACGAGCUGAUAUUUUUUGUGAAUGGAAGAAAGGUCGUAGAGAAGAGCCCUGACCCUGAAGUGAAUCUGCUCUUCUACCUGAGGAAAGUUCAUAUCCUUUGUCUCACAGGCACUAAAUAUGGCUGUGGGGGAGGAGGCUGUGGCGCCUGCACGGUGAUGGUGUCAAGAUAUGAUCCCAAGAGCAAGAAGAUUCACCACUACCCAGCCACAGCAUGCCUGGUGCCCAUCUGUUCUCUUCACGGGGCAGCCAUUACCACAGUGGAAGGCGUGGGAAGCAUCAGAAAGAGGAUUCACCCCGUGCAGGAACGGCUUGCCAAGUGCCACGGCACACAGUGUGGGUUCUGUAGCCCUGGCAUGGUGAUGUCCAUCUACACGCUGCUCAGGAACCACCCAGAACCGACGCCUGAUCAGAUCACCGAGGCACUUGGAGGUAAUCUGUGCCGAUGUACCGGAUACCGACCAAUUGUAGAAAGUGUGAAAACCUUCUCACCAGGAUCGACUGUUUGCCAAAUGAAAGGAUCUGGACAGUGCUGCAUGGAUCCAGAUGAGGGGUCUUUUGUGAGUAGAGAGGAAAAAAUAUGUACCAAACUGUACAACGAAGAUGAGUUCCAGCCCUUGGACCCGUCGCAGGAACCAAUAUUUCCUCCUGAGCUGAUUAGAAUGGCCGAAGACCCAGAUAAGCGGAGGCUGACGUUCCGAGGGCCGAGGACCACCUGGUUCGUGCCUGUGACCUUGGAGGACCUUCUGGAACUCAAAUCCAGCUAUCCAAAAGCCCCACUUGUCAUGGGGAAUACCUCAGUGGGACCCAGUAUUAAAUUUAAAGGUGAAUUUCAUCCAGUUUUUAUAUCCCCACUUCGAUUUCCAGAAUUGCACUUGGUGAAGAACACAGAAAAUGGGGCAACAAUAGGGGCUGGACAGAGCCUGGCACAGUUGAAAGAUGCCUUGGAUUUCCUGGUUUCGGAGCAACCAAAGGAGAAGACCAAGACCUUCCAUGCCCUUCUGAAGCAUCUGAGGACGCUUGCAGGGCCCCAGAUUAGGAAUAUGGCUUCUUUAGGAGGGCACAUGGUGAGCCGGCCCAAUUUCUCUGACCUCAACCCCAUUCUAGCAGCAGGAAACGCUACCAUCAAUGUGAUGUCUAAAGAAGGAGAACAGCAGAUUCCUUUCGAUGAUGCUUUCCUUGAGGGAUCCCCUGAAACCAAGCUGAAGCCAGAAUGGGUGAUGGUGUCUGUCUCCAUCCCGUACACUACCCAGUGGCACUUCGUGGCAGGACUCCGGUUGGCCCAACGUCAGGAAAACGCCGUCGCCAUUGUCAACGCUGGCAUGAGCGUGGAGUUUGAAGAAGGCACAAACACCAUCAAGGAUCUUCAGAUGUUCUUCGGAAGUGUGGCCCCCACGGUGGUCUCUGCGAGCCAAACCUGCAAGCAGCUCAUUGGGAGGCAAUGGGAUGACCAGAUGCUGAGUGACGCGUGCCGGUGGGUUCUGGAGGAGAUCCGCAUCCCAGCAGCAGCCCAGGGCGGCAUGGUGGAAUACCGACGGACCCUAAUCGUCAGCUUGCUCUUCAAAUUCUACCUCAAAGUGCGCCGGUGGCUGAACAAAAUGGAUCCCCAGAAGUUUCCUGACAUCCCGGAAAAGUUCGUGAGUGCUCUGGACGACUUCCCUAUAGAAACUCCCCAAGGAAUUCAGAUGUUCCAGUGUGUGGAUCCUAACCAACCCCAGCAAGACCCGGUGGGGCACCCGGUCAUGCACCAGUCAGCCAUUAAACACGCCACAGGAGAAGCUAUCUUUAUUGAUGACAUGCCUCCCGUUGACCAAGAACUCUUCCUUGCUGUAGUCACCAGUACCAGGGCCCAUGCAAAGAUCACAUCACUGGAUGCAUCCGAAGCCCUGGCAUGUCCGGGCGUGGUUGACGUGAUUACGGCUGAAGACGUUCCAGGAGAAAAUAACCACAGUGGAGAAAUUUUCUAUGCACAGGAUGAGGUCAUUUGCGUGGGCCAGAUCAUCUGUGCGGUGGCUGCGGAUACCUAUGCCCACGCGAAAGAAGCCGCUAAACGAGUGAGGAUUGCUUAUGACGACAUAGAGCCAGUGAUUAUCACAAUAGAGCAAGCCCUAGAACACAAUUCCUUUCUGUCUUCUGAGAAAAAAAUUGAGCAAGGAAAUGUGGAAUAUGCCUUCAAACAUGUGGACCAAGUCAUUGAAGGUGAAAUCCACGUGGAAGGCCAGGAGCAUUUCUACAUGGAAACACAAAGUAUCCUGGCUAUCCCGCAAGCUGAGGACAAAGAGAUGGUGUUACACUUAGGAACACAGUUCCCAACCCACGUUCAGGAAUAUGUGUCUGCAGCAUUAAAGGUCCCGAGGAGUAGAAUUGCCUGCCACAUGAAAAGAGCCGGAGGAGCAUUUGGAGGCAAAGUGACCAAGCCCGCUCUACUGGGAGCUGUCACUGCUGUGGCCGCCAACAAGACUGGCCGCCCAAUCCGCUUUAUCCUAGAGCGCAGCGCUGACAUGCUGAUAACCGCUGGCCGACAUCCGCUCCUGGGGAAAUACAAAAUCGGGUUCAUGAAUAACGGGGAGAUCAAGGCUGCUGACGUGGAGUAUUACAUCAAUGGAGGGUGCACCCCUGAUGAGUCUGAGAUGGUGAUAGAGUUCAUUGUGCUGAAAUCUGAAAAUGCAUAUUCUAUCCCAAAUUUCCGGUGCCGGGGCAGAGCUUGCAAAACUAAUUUACCAUCUAACACCGCCUUCCGAGGAUUCGGCUUCCCUCAGGUGGCCGUGGUAGUCGAAGCAUACAUAACCGCGGUGGCGUCCAAAUGUAACCUACUCCCUGAAGAGGUUAAAGAAAUAAACAUGUACAAGCAAACUAGCAAGACAGCCUAUAAGCAGACAUUUAACCCGGAGCCCUUGCGAAGAUGCUGGAAGGAAUGUCUGGAGAAGUCCUCGUUCUAUGCUAGGAAGCAGGCUGCAGAGGAAUUUAACAAAAAGAAUUAUUGGAAGAAGAGGGGGCUUGCUGUCAUCCCCAUGAAGUAUAGCAUUGGGAUGCCUAUAGCCUUCUACAAUCAGGCCGCCGCUCUGGUCCACAUCUACUUGGACGGCUCGGUUCUGCUGACUCACGGGGGCUGUGAGCUGGGACAAGGCCUGUACACCAAAAUGAUUCAGGUGGCUAGUCGCGAGCUCAACAUCCCACAGUCGUACGUGCACCUGUCGGAAACCAGCACCGUCACGGUGCCCAAUGCUCUCUUCACUGCGGGCUCCUUGGGGACAGACGUCAACGGGAAGGCCGUCCAGAACGCCUGCCAAAUUCUCCUGGACCGUCUUAGUCCUAUCAUCAGGAAAAACCCUAAGGGAAAAUGGAAGGAAUGGGUUGCAAAAGCCUUUGAAGAAUCCAUCAGCCUCUCGGCCACCGGAUAUUUCAAAGGUUACCAGACAAACAUGGACUGGGAGAAGGAGGAAGGUGAUGCUUACCCCUACUAUGUCUACGGUGCAGCCUGCUCUGAGGUCGAAGUUGACUGCCUGACGGGCGCUCACAAGCUCCUGAGGACCGACAUCUUCAUGGAUGCUGCCUUCAGCAUAAACCCUGCCCUGGAUAUUGGACAGGUGGAGGGAGCGUUCGUCCAAGGCAUGGGGUUCCACACCAUAGAGGAGCUAAAAUAUUCCCCGGAAGGUGUGCUCCACUCUCGGGGCCCAGACGACUACAAGAUCCCCACUGUCACAGAGAUACCGGAAGAGUUGUACGUCUCUCUGGUGCACUCGCGAAACCCCAUAGCCAUCUACUCGUCCAAGGGCUUGGGUGAGGCUGGAAUGUUUCUGGGGUCCUCGGUCUUGUUUGCCAUCUACGACGCAGUGACGGCUGCCCGCAGGGAGAGAGGCAUGAGUGACACCUUCCCCAUGAACAGCCCGGCGACCCCUGAAGUGAUUCGUAUGAGCUGCACAGAUCAGUUUACCAACAUGAUUCCCAGAGAUGACCCUUCAACAUUCACGCCUUGGUCCAUCCAUGUGUCUUAACCCCGCGCCUCUGAGGAAAUGAACAAACAUGCAGCUGGUCCGCUAGCCUCGCAUGGGAGCAGCAUACGUUGACUUGAGCUUGCCAAUCACGGUUUUCUACUUUUAGUUAUUCUCUGUGAUUAGGUUAUUGCAUGGUUACAUUUUAGGGUGCAGGUUUUCACCAAAUAGGGUUGACAAAACUUAGAAUCAAAUUCUGAGC